UGUUGGCAGGGAAUAAAAAAAAAGAGACCAUCAAAAGAUAGAAGUCAGUGAAAGUAUUAACGUUAGGUAUGAUACAUGUCCUCGAUGGACAACGGGGAGUGUGUGUGCGCCGAGGCGACCACGCUCGGCAUACUGAAGGAAGUGCACAGCGCCUACAAACACAAGUUACAGGUCAUUGACAGGAUGUCCGGAGGGGAGAAGCUGCAGAAACAAGUCGAAGUUCUUCAGUCCUGGGUGGAGGACCUGGUGGAUCAGAACACGCUGCUGGCGCGGACGGUUGAGGAGUUGGAAACUGAGUUCACAUCCAAGCUGCUUGUUGAAAGAAGGAGGCACUCUGAGUGGGACAAAAGUAAAAAGAUAUGCGAUACAGUUAACGAUCUGAAAAUGCUGAACGAUUCGCUCAUCAAAGAAAACCUCUCCAAGGAAAGGGAAAUACGCAAGUUGAACAAGGAACUUCAAAACUGCGAACAAACAGUACUGUCUCUAAGAAACGAAACGGCCGCCGAAACCUUCCCUACACUACCGGACGUACCAAAAAAGGACGCUGAAGUAACGGCUGAUAUUUGCUGUACACAAGAGUUUGAGUAUCCGGCGCAGUGUGGCGACUCCGAGCCGGUGAGGGAGAGGGCGUUGUACAGCGGUCGUCUACAGCAGAUGGAGUCCAGCGGUGACAACAUCCGCUCCCUGCGUCAGCUGAACGUGUCUUUGUCGGAGGAGGUCCGCGCACUGCAACGCGUGUGCGGAGCUCUGGACGACCAGUGUCGAGCGAUGAAUCUCCGGGCGAGGUUCAAGGAUGACGUCAUACAUGAGAUGAGGCGGCAGCUCCGACAGGCCAAGGCUAAGCUCAAAGAACUAUCGGAGUCCAAUAUACCGAAAAGUCAGAAAGCCCAGGAGGUGUGUCGGGAGACGGUGUCUAUGGAGUCGCUUGUGGGGUGCGCCCCUCGCCCCAGACACAGGCAGGACGAGCGACACCUGAACUGCUCCUGUCACAGCUCUAUCUACGACGUCUCAGACGACGACGCCUCUAAACCCGAGUAGUACAUUAA